CAUUGCAACCGUCCUGAGGGAAAUACGGUACAAAAAUAAUAUCGUUCCGCUAUUCUUGAAUUUUCUGCUUCAGAUGGUAAAUCCAUAAACCCUACUGAUUAGAAAAUUAAUUUUUGGAUAAUUAUUUUAGUAUAAUCGCGUUUGAAGAAUGAGUGUUAACAUAGGAAUCGUAGUUAUGAUUAUGGCAAUGUGGACGCCAUGUCGAUCCUUCUAUUUGCCUGGUCUAGCCCCUGUUUCGUAUUGUCUAAAAGAAAACGAAGAAAAAGGCUGCAAAGCCAGAAUAGACUUAUAUGUCAAUCGUUUGGAUUCAGUGGAUUCAGUAAUACCCUUUGAAUAUUCAAGCUUUGAUUUCUGUCAAACCAAAGAAAAAAGUUCUCCAUCUGAAAAUCUUGGCCAGGUUGUUUUUGGGGACAGAAUCACAAAAUCAGCUUACAAUCUAACAUUUAAAGUUCCCUUGGCAUGCCAACUGUUAUGUACCAAAGAAUAUAAAUCCAAGGAUGUUAAUGAUAUGAAAAAGCUAGAGUUUUUGAAAAAUGCCAUUUCACUCAACUACCAAAAUCACUGGAUUAUAGACAAUAUGCCUGUGACCUGGUGUUAUGAUGUUACUGAUGAAGAAAGAAAGUAUUGUUCUACCGGUUUUCCUAUUGGCUGCUAUGUAACAGCUGAUGGCCAAGCUAGGGAUGCUUGUGUUACUAGUACUAAGUUUAACCAAGCUGACACCCACUAUGUCUUCAAUCACGUUGAUAUAACUAUUACCUAUCACAAUGGGCAAGGGGAAGACUGGGUGGGAGCUAGACUUCUUUCAGCAAAACUUAUUCCUAGAAGUAUCAAGCAUGAUAAGCCCACUGAAUGUAAUAAUGAGAAUGUUAUGGGGAUCCCUAACAAACUGAGUGGUGAUCUGAAAAUCCAUUAUACCUAUUCUGUCAAAUUUGAGGAGAACAAUAGUCUGAAAUGGGCAUCUCGAUGGGAUUACAUCCUACAAUCAAUGCCACAUACAAAGAUCCAGUGGUUUAGUAUAAUGAACUCCCUUGUCAUUGUACUCUUCUUGUCUGGUAUGGUAGCAAUGAUAAUGUUGAGGACGCUCCACAAGGACAUUGCAAGAUACAACCAAAGUGAUGCUGGGGAAGAUGCACAAGAGGAAUUUGGCUGGAAGUUGGUCCAUGGAGAUGUGUUCCGUGCACCAAGGAAAGGAAUGUUCUUGUCUGUUUUGUUGGGCUCAGGAUCACAGAUCUUCAUCAUGACAUUUAUUACUCUGGUGUUCGCWUGUCUUGGAUUUCUAUCUCCUGCUAACCGUGGUGCUUUAAUGACCUGUUCGUUGGUGUUGUUUGUAUGUCUUGGUUCCCCUGGAGGUUAUGUAUCAGCAAGGAUUUACAAAAUGUUUGGUGGGGAGCGCUGGAAGUCUAAUGUCAUUCUCUCGUCUUUCUUUGUUCCUGGGGUUGUGUUUGGCAUAUUCUUUAUACUUAAUCUUGUUCUAUGGGUAGAGGGCUCUUCAGCAGCUGUUCCUUUUACUACACUAUUGGCACUCCUGGCAUUGUGGUUUGGAAUCUCUGUCCCUCUCACAUUCUUGGGUGCAUAUCUUGGUUUCAAAAAACUGCCUAUUGAACAACCUGUAAGAACUAACCAGAUCCCACGGCAGAUUCCAGAUCAGAGCAUUUACACCCGACCAUUGCCAGGGAUUAUAAUGGGUGGUAUCUUGCCUUUUGGAUGCAUAUUUAUUCAACUGUUUUUUAUUUUGAACAGUAUUUGGUCUCACCAAAUCUAUUACAUGUUUGGUUUCCUAUUUGUUGUAUGUCUCAUUCUUGUGCUGACUGUUUCUGAGACUGCAAUGCUUCUAUGCUAUUUUCAUCUUUGUGCUGAGGAUUAUCAUUGGUGGUGGAGGUCAUUCCUGACUGGUGGAUGUACUGCCUUCUAUUUUUUCCUGUACGCAAUCCAUUUCUUUUAUACCAAGCUAACCAUCAGUGGCACAGCAAGUACAUUUCUUUACUUUGGUUACACUUUGAUUAUGGUCUGGCUAUUCUUUUUGUUCUCAGGUACUGUUGGCUUUUUCUCCUGCUUUUUCUUCAUUCGCAAAAUCUACAGCAUUGUUAAAGUCGACUAAACUAAUAAUUAUUAUUAUGUGUAAGAGCAGUGUGGUUAAGUCUGAUAUUUCAGUAAGGGAGUCUUUUUGUAAUGUAUAACUUAUGAUAGCUCUUGUAUUGUAUAAACUGCAUUGGCUAUAAGGUGGCUCUCAGAAGUUUUUAAGGAAAGGAAAUAUUUGAUUUGUUUAAUAAAGAAUUUGUUCACUGUUUGAAAAACGUCUUGUACACRCAGUUUGGAAAAUGUCAAGUUAUGUGGGCAACUAUGAAUUCUUCAAAAACCUCAAGGUCUCAAUAAAACCAGAYCAUAUGAAAUUUGUCAAGUUAAAGUAAGAUUAGAUUAAAAGUAAAUUCAGUUACUGACAUAAUAAAACUGAAAAAAUAAAAUAA